AUGCCACCAAGAGCCAAGAAAGCGAAAACGACUGCCAGCGAAAAAGGGGCCAAGGCUCUCUGUGAAGCACUCCCUAGCCAGCCUCCCUACACUGCCGGUACACUGGCUUUGUCCUCCGUAAACCUUGCGAGCGCAUCGCCCGAGGAGCUGCAGAAUCUCGGUGAUGCCUGCGAGCCGGCCACGUUUGGACGGAAUCAAGAACACGUUUUGGACGAGACCUAUCGCAAGGCGGGCAAGAUGGACACGACGUCCUUCGCGACGUCGAUAAUCCCCGAGCGUACCGGCCUUAUUGACGCUAUUAGCACUCAGCUUCUCGACGGCCCGGAUUCUACUCACCCUGUAGCGCUCGAGCUCUAUAAGCUCAAUGUCUAUGGCGAGGGCUCUUUCUUCAAAGCUCACAAGGAUACGCCUCCCAGUGAGACCAUGUUCGGUUCUCUCGUUAUAGUAUUCCCAAUGCCUCACGAGAGAGGCUCCCUCAUCACGCGCCACAACGACGAAGAGUGGACCGACGUCGAGCAUGAAAUCACCCCCAUCACCUCAGGUCAUCGGGUCACGCUCACCUAUAAUCUCUACUUUGGCGACAUCGAGAUCGAUUCUGGAGAAUCUCAGCCCGGUAUCGCCACUCGCACGUCUCUCGCACCCGUCAUGUCGUCCGGAGAGCAGCCUUUCCGCUCGACAUUUGAGGAUCUACUCAACAAUCCGGAGUUCCUUCCUCACGGCGGCGCCCUCGGCUUUGGAUUGCAGCACGAAUACCCUAUCAAAGACUCCCUAGAACAUGUCUAUAAACUCCUCAAGGGAUCCGACGCCGUCAUACUCCGUACCUGUACUUCCCUCUCUCUCCCAGCGCGACUUCAUCUCCUCUACUCUGACGAAAGGGCAUACAGUGGUGGAACGACGCUUGAUUACGUUCUAAAGUUUGGCGACCACAUCAAGUACGUCGAUGUCGAGGAUGAGGUGAUCUGGGCAGUCCCAACAUCGCAUACGAAGUUGGACAGUAAGUAUGUGGCGCAUGGAAAUGAGCCACAGAUAGCUUGUGCGUAUGGGAACGUGUUCCUCAUCGUUAGGGUUGGUAAGUUCGACGAGAGGAGUGUAGUUGUGGACCCGCUAAAGGAGAGAAGAAGGAAGAAGCGCGAGGCGAAGAAGAGGGCACAAGCCGAGGCGAAGGUGAAGGAAGCGAAACGGAGAAGGCUGUUGGCGGAGACGAAGGCAACGGAAGACCAGAACAAGAAAGAUGUAGCUGAAGGUGCCAGCAGAGCGAGGGCGUAG